UAUGGGCAGCAUGUCACCCUCCGGUUUGAACCCCUUCUCGGGCAACCUGGCUUCCAGCAACUGUUCCUGGGUCAGAGUCCGUGAUGAUAUUGUUUGGUAUGAAGUGGAGGCUCGGGCAGGUGCCUGUGGGAAUCUCCUGGAGACCAACAGCACACAUGUCAUCUACUCCAACAGUUUAUUCAUCUACCCUCUGGCUAAUUUGUUCUUCACUCUUCCUGUGAGUCUUCCCUUCUCCUGUGUUUAUCCCCUGGACACAGACGCCAAUCUGAAUGUAGCUAUCAUUCCAGACCUGUAAGUUCAUUGAAUUUUGCUG